UGACAUCUUGAGAUUGAAUAGGCCUACAUUUGAAAUUUCACUGGCACCAUAUCCAUAUCCUCCUUUAGAAAAUGUAGCCUUACUGGGUUUGUCUCGAGUAGCAUGUGUGUUUAUUUGACUUUCAUUCGAUACUUCACACAGCCUGUUGAGCAAGCUGAUGGCACAAGAGCGUCUGCGCUCUGCUGCCGCUCUGUUGAAAGAUGAAGAGGAGCGCUGUGAUUGGUCCAUGAUCGUGGGUGUUUCCGCAUUCCGCUGUCAGUAGAAGCGCAACUCUGAGCAGAGACUGUCGCGUGUCUGGAAGCCCGUCUACAUCUAUUCCCAGAGGAGGAUUCCCCGCUGAGUCAGGAUGCCUUAUGUCCUCGUCAGCACUCAGAUCAGACUGACUGGUCCCACCUUGGUGGGGGAUGAGCACUCAGACCCUGUCAUCAUGACCUUCCUAGGAGCCAGGAAAACCACCAUGCUGGGGAACAACUUCUCUGAGUACCAUGUGGACGACCCUCCUCGGGUGGUUCUGGACAAGCUGGAGAAGAUCGGCUUCCGAGUGGUGACCAUGACGGGCGUGGGGCAGACCCUGGUGUGGUGUCUGCACCGCGAGGCAGAGUGAGUCGCCUGGAGGGGGGCCGCCCUGGAGCCUGGAGGGGGGCCGCCCUGGAGCCUGGAGGGGGGCCGUCCU